AUGAAGCUACAAUCCACCUACAAGCCACGAACAAUCCACCUACAAGCCACCUACAAGCCACCAAGCCAGCUACAAUCCACCUACAAGCCACCAAGCCAGUUACAAUCCACCUACAAGCCACCUACGAUCGACCUACAAGCCACCUACAAGCCACCUACGAGCCAUCUACGAGCCACCUACGAGCCAUCUACGAGCCACCUACGAGCCAUCUACGAGCCACCUAUGGUCCACCUACGAUCCACCUACAAGCCACCUACAAUCCACCUACGGUCCACCUACAAGCCUCCUACGAUCCACCUACAAGCCACCUACGAUCCACCUACAACCCACCUACAACCCACCUACAAGCCACCUACGAUCCACCUACGAUCCACCUACGGUCCACCUACAACCCACCUACGAUCCACCUACGGUCCACCUACGGUCCACCUACAAGCCACCUACAAUCCACUUACAAACUACCUACGAUCCACCUACGAUCCACCUACAAACUACCUACGAUCCACCUAUGAUCCACCUACAAACUACCUAGGAUCCACCUACAAUGCUGUUGGGAAGGAGGGGGAUCCUGAGUGCAGGAUCAAACAGGAGACUCUGGAGCUGUGA